CUACCCAGAAUCGCAGUUAUUCACCAAUUGCUACGAUUGACGGACGGAUACAGUCGGGUGUCCGUCGCGCUAAGAGCGACCUCGUUCGCUUGCGUCCGUUCAUUAUUUAGCCGUCGCGCGUCGCUAGCGACGUACGCGACAUCAUUCAUCAUAAAGUUAUGGCACUGUGAACCGAUAAUAUGAGUAAGGCCGAAUCUUCAGCGGAAGCCGCCGUGCCCAGCGUGGCAAUAAACGUGGACCAAUAUGACGACCCGGACGAGGAAAGUUCAAAGCUUCUCCAUGUUAACGCACCCACACCGAUCGUGACGCCCUCUGGACAAAUGCGCAAGGUGAAGAGCUUCAGCGAUACACACAGACUCCGAGAUGUGUCUACCGCUUCAGGUGCAGCAUCAGCCCGAUGCCUGCGCCCCUAUGAGCAGGUGACCCCAUACCCCGAAGGCUCCGAGUGUGGAACAAACCAAUAUGGAGCACCUUCAGUCAGGUCUCUCGCAUCAAUCGGGAUGGGAUGCACGGAUGGGCGUAAAUUGGUUAUUAGAAGAGUGCCGACUUCGCCUACGGAACUGUUUCAUUUAGUGCGACCUCCUACGCCGCCGGAUGAAGACACGGGCUCUCACGAAAGCGAUUGCGAUGAGGAAGAGGAGGACGCAGAAACGGACCACCUCAAACCACGACGGCCAUUCUGGCCAAACAAGAUACAGUUCGUGCUAGCUUGUGUGGGCUACUCCGUCGGCUUGGGCAAUGUGUGGCGCUUUCCAUACCUCUGCUACAAAAGCGGGGGAGGUGCAUUCCUUAUCCCUUACUUCAUAAUACUCCUUGUUUGUGGCGUGCCUAUGCUUUUUAUGGAGCUAGCGAUUGGACAGUACACUGCGCACGGACCAAUUGGAGCACUUUCGCAAAUAUGUCCUCUGUUUACAGGUGCUGGUAUCGCAAGCGUAGUGAUCUCGUUCUUAAUGUCUACGUAUUACGCAGUAAUAAUAGCCUGGGCAAUUUACUACUUCUUCACAUCGUUUAAGGCCGUAGUCCCGUGGGCAAACUGCAACAACCGAUGGAAUACGGCUCAAUGCUGGCAACCUGUUCAUAAUCUUACCAAGCCAAACGGAUCUCAAACGGCUACUGAACAAUUCUUCGAGAAAAAGGUAUUAAGCAUGAGUGAUGGUAUCGAAUAUCCCGGUGGCAUGCGGUGGGAGUUGGCAGCUUGCUUAUUCUGUGCUUGGUUGUUAGUGUACUUCGCCCUGUGGAAAAGUAUCAAAUCUUCGGCAAAAGUGCGGUACAUCACAACAACACUUCCAUUUCUGCUGAUUAUAGUCUUUCUUGGCCGAUCGCUCACCCUCGAUGGCGCCGAUAAAGGAUUAAGAUUUUUCUUCAAGCCGGAAUGGGAAUUGUUAAAGACAUCAAGGCCGUGGGUUAACGCGGCGUCGCAGAUCUUCAACUCGAUUGGAAUAGCUUUUGGAUCGAUGAUAAUGUUCGCCUCAUAUAACAAAUUUGACAACAAUUUCUUGCACGACACCUUGGCUGUAUCUCUCGUCAAUGCCGUCACUAGUCUGAUCGUGGGGAUAUUUACCUUUGCUACGAUCGGAAACAUAGCUUUCGAACAGAACACUUCUGUAAAGGAUGUCAUUGCUGACAGUCCCGGGUUACUGUUUGUUGUGUAUCCACAAGCAAUAGCAAAGAUGCCUGCAUCGCAACUUUGGGCAGUCUUAUUCUUCUUCAUGUUCCUCUGCCUGGGAUUAAACAGCCAGUUUGCCAUAGUUGAAGUCGUAGUAACAUCAAUUCAAGAUGGCUUUCCAGACAUGAUACGGAAGAAGCUUGUCUACCACGAACUGUUGGUACUAUGUGUUUGUGUGGUAUCAUUUUUAUUUGGGUUACCUCACAUCAUACACAGUGGCAUCUACGUUUUCCAACUAAUGGAUUAUUACGCUGCCUCGCUUAGUAUCACAUAUCUUGCCUUCUUUGAAGUGGUUGCUAUAGCAUGGUUUUAUGGCGCCGGUAAACUGUCCCAGAACAUCAAGCAAAUGACAGGUCGCUACCCAUCGCUAUACUUUCGAAUAUGUUGGUUAAUUGCGGCGCCAGCACUGCUGCUGGCGCUAUGGGUCGCCAGCUUGGUGGACUACACGCCGCCCAGCUACCGCCAGUACCAGUACCCCGGGUGGGCGCAGGGUCUCGGCUGGGUCAUCGCGUCUCUUUCGCUAUUGUGCAUACCAGUUUAUGCAUGCAUUGUCGUGGCAAGGGCGCCGGGGAAAACAAUAAUAGAGAAAUUGCGGUAUUCCAUCCGUCCUAAUUCAGUGUGCGAGUGUGGAGUGAACGAGUGUGACGUGUGCGGCUCCGACUCCGAGCCGCCCGACGACAAACAGCCCACCAUUACCUAUUAUCAACAACCGUCGUUUCCUAGUCCUAACUAAUAAAUCAAAAUUAAGUAGGUAGUGUUCAUCACAGUCUGUUAGCUGCGACUAAGGUGAGAUGUGCCCGUGGUUAUUUAUGGAAUCGUGCAUGAGACGUCGGAGUAGAAUGAUUAAAAUAAAAGUAGGUAGGGUAACUGUAACUUCAGUCUCGUAAGGACCGUAUAGUUAAUUAUGAAAACAAGUUUGUGAUGCUCAGAAAAAAAAGACAAUAUUUUGUGUGGUCCGAUCUAUCGAGUAUAUAGUUAAAUACAUAUAGACAUAUAGAUAGAUAGAUAGAUAGAUAUAGUUUGUCAAAGGGCUAUCUCAUUUCAAACAUAGACAGAGGGAGUCAUACUAUCUUUGUCCUACACUAGUACUAGCAUCCAAAAGAAAAGGAUGAGUAUAGUUUUUUUUGUUCUUAUUUACUGACAAAUUGGUUUGACCAACUAUAAAUCAUUUAUUUGACAGCUGCAAAAACACACAAUAUAAAGUUUAAAUCAAAAGUUUAAGUUUUAAUAUAUUGAAAUACAUUAGAAGAAAAAAUAUGAAAUGCUUGAAAAUUACAAAAUGAAGGGACUUGGGGACUUUAAUAAUAAUAACCGAGUACUCCCGAGAGUCGGUCAGGGUCUCCGUCUCCGGCGUGUCUUCGUCGGUCGGAGUGGACCUCAAGGGGACCCGCAGGACUCUCAGCUCUGGCUUGCCUUCAUUGGCCGUCCAGAGAGGAGUCGUUAGAGCUAAAUGCUCCAGGGGUGGAAGUGAAAACUUGCAUAAGACGCGAGUUGGCACAGUGGCUGUUAUCAGCCACUGGGUAGAAAGCGGCGUACACCUCUCGACACCCCUGAGCCGCUCACACCGGUGUUGCUCCUGGUCGUCUUCACGACGGCAUUUUCAGGGGCCCAUCUAGUGGACGGCGAGUCACCGCCUGCCUUGAGAACUAGCGAAAACAUUGUUAUGGCAGGUGUCCGGACGUCUUUGCAAUAACCCAGUCUCAUUGUCCUCCCAAACUUCAAUCCAUAGACCGUUAUACUGUUCACUUUACUACAAUAGUCCCAAUGCCUGUUGCGACCGGUUCAUGGGUGUCUAUUGUUGCGCCCGUGAACGGGUUCCAGCAGGCGUUCUACAUCACAUUAAAGCUCUCCAAGAGGCCUCUACGUGUUGGAUCUAUAUCCCCACGCGUAUCAAAAGACCGGGAUUUAUAGGCCCGUGAAAUCCAAGGAGAUACAAUAAUAAUAAUAAGUCAACGAGUUUCAAUUAUGACCAAAUACUUAAAGAAUCGGGUAUACAUGAUUAUCGGAAAGUAUGCUACUGAGGAAGUUAGCCUGAAAACGGUUUAAGUACUUAACAUUAAACGGUUGGGCAUGAAUCAGAAUUUCAAAUACUUUCCUGGUCGCUAUAGCAAUCGUGGUCUUUCCGGUUUACAAAACAGACUAUACUAACAGAUAAAAUGCCAGUAAUUCGUACCCAAACAACCUUCAAUAUACAAUUGCUGUCCAAGACACUAAGACACUAUGAUGCACAGCAAAAUCAAAUUCAGGAAACUGGCCGAGGGAACCAGUAAAUAACUAUAUGUUAGCUUUUAUUAUUAAGUUAUGAAUAACAUCGUUUUAACAUUUUUUCAUUAAAUAAUGUGUUAACAUAAAUUAUGUAAUUUUACUUGUUUCCAUAAUUAGCGGUCGGUUAGAUACGGUCCUUAUAUAUUUAUAAAUUAAUAACGUCCUGUCAGUCGUCGUGAUCGUUAGCUUACUACGAGUAUAUGUAAUUUUGAACGCCAUUUGAAUUGGUUACUUAAGUACAUUCUACAGUAUAGAAAAUCUAUAGAGUAUAUAAAUACCACAUUUCGACCUGGGCAUAAUCUCACCUUUAAAGAGCCCGAAUGUUUUGAAAGUGAGGUAGUAGAUAUAAAAGAAACGAAGACAAUAAUAGAAUAAGAUAUUUUCCGUGCUAUCAUUUUCUUCUUUAUUUAUAAUGAACGUAGAGGCACUUGACCUAAUACUGCUAUCACGUUUAGCAGUGACACAAUUUUCUUAGCACUCGAGACGUGUGGUGCGAAGCACCUGCCGCGUACGGUCAAGUUAACGCUAAUCACUCAUUCUACUGAUUAAAUCGAGAUAACAACGUGUUGUGUACCUAAGUCAAGGAGUUGCGUUUAAUAUUAAAAUGUAUUGUUCUCAUAGUUCUCAGGCUAUAUAUGUAUGAUAUGAUAUCUCAGGAUAUUGAUUGUUAAGAUCAUUCAAUAAGAAAAUAUCGAGUCUUAAAAUGUUAUUAGUAUAUUAUGAUACAAGUGCGAAAAAUAGGAAUUUCGAAACGAGUGGCAAUAAAUUAAAACACGACCGAAGGGAGUGUUUUGAAUCGACACGAGUUGCGAAUUACCUAUUCGCACAUGUAUCGCACAACGUUUUACAGUACAUAUGGCCUUUUAAAUGUUCGACACAGCAACGUAAUAUGCUAAUUUUCGCACUAGUGCGGUAAAGUAGCACCAUAUGUACUGUAAAUAUAUUUAUAUAUAUGGUAUUUCAAAACAAUAAUCAAUAUUAACUUAUGUAACAUUCCAAAUUGCUGUGAAUCAAUGUUAAUCGCUACCUAUUAUAAGUCCAAAGUUAAGUAGUUUUUUGUGAUAAAAAACAUUCCAUGUGUUUUAUAUAAGUUUCCUGUUAAGAAAAUGAUAUGAGUGACGUGGCUAAUUAAGGUGCAGUGAGCUUAGGUCCUUCUCCGAACGCAGCUUGAUAAGCACUAAGCGGACGGGGGGCGUGCCCGGGAUUGAAAAAAUCAUUAAUUUUAGUUAUUUUUAACAAAAACCAUAAUCGAUGAGUUCGAUCAAAAAUAACAUAACGCAUUUUUAGAAGCAAUUUUGAUUUUCACUUAGUGCGUUUUCGUGAUCUUUUUCUAUCGAGUGAAAUUUGUUUAUUCGGGUUUCGAAUCGAUGAUAUUAGACUAGAGAAAGGCCUCAAGAUUGCUAUUCAUAUUUUUUUGCAGGAGUAUUAUAAUCUAAAGAAGCAUUAGGAUUUUACAAAACUCUGCUGACUGAACCAUCUGCACCUUAAAGUUAAAAUUAGUUGUAGAAAGUCUUACAGACUGUUUCAAGUAUUUAUUAUAACUGCUAAGUAAAAAAUGGUUGUGUUGAUCGAUUAUAUGAGUAAAUUAUCGAUAAAAAAUUAGUUGAAAUUUGCUGGAUGAUUCAAAAAAGUUAAAAAAUGCUUUAUGUAUUUUUGGGCUAUAUGAUAAUAGAGAUCACUUUUUGUCUACAACUCUACAUGAUUGAAGAAGUACUUGUACUAUAUGGGCCUAUCCUGUGCCCUAAUCAAUCACAUAAUGCUCAGAUUGAUUUGAUCAAGGUUACAUUCUUUUGCCCAUAUCAUAAUUUUGAAACAGUAUCAAGAGUAUUGAAUCAUAUCAAUCUAUCUAUCAGUUACUAUUUACUGUAGAUUUUAUCACGAACAAUUAUAAGUCUAAGGAUAUGAAGGUAUGAUCUACUAUUUUUGUAUUAAAAUUAAUUAACCUAUUACACAUCCUAUAGCCUAAUUAUAUAAAUUUAAUGUAAUUGUUUAAGAAUUUACCUCAAAUGAAACAAUACUACAAAUUGAAAGUACAAUACAGAUACUUUACUAAAAGAUGAGAAUAUAAUGUAUGUAUUACUGCAUCAAGCUAUGUAAAUAUUUAGAGAUGUAAAUAUUUAAGUUGUUUAUGAGAUGUUACCAAUGUUAGUGGUAUAAGAAAUAAUACCAAGAAUACUGAAAA